GCAGGGAUGGGAGAUUAGUUGGAGUUUGGUGCUUGUUGGACGGAGGGGAUUGUCACAGCUCCAUAGGGACAUUCAACAGCAGUAUGGGUAAGAUAGACUGUGAUUCAGUGGAGCUGACGUCACCCAACGAUGAUCGUCGUGCCCUCCCUGGUGAGACCCUAUACCUCCCCUCUGGCAAGAAGAAUAAGGCUGAUGACGAUCGAGGCAAGUGGAAAGGGAAGUUUGACUUCCUGUUGUCCUGCGUCGGCUAUGCCAUUGGUCUGGGCAACGUGUGGCGCUUUCCUUACCUGUGUGGAAAGAACGGAGGAGGAGCUUUUCUGAUCCCUUAUUUUCUGACCCUGGUUUUUGCUGGGAUCCCCCUGUUCUUUCUCGAAACAGCCCUCGGGCAGUUCACAUCCGUUGGAGGACUUGGAGUGUGGAAAUUAGCCCCUAUGUUUAAGGGAGUUGGGAUGGCGGCAGUGGUUCUGUCCUUUUGGCUGAAUAUUUACUAUAUUGUGAUCAUCGCCUGGGCGCUAUAUUAUCUCUUCAACUCUUUCUCAUCGACCCUGCCCUGGCAGAGCUGUGAUAACAGUUGGAAUACAGAAAGAUGCUUUUCCAACUAUUCCCUUAACGAUACCAGUAACCUGACCAGCGCUGUCACUGAGUUUUGGGAGCGGAACAUGCAUGAGAUCACAGGAGGACUGGGAGAGCCAGGGAAUAUCCGAUGGCCACUUGCAUGCACUCUGGCGUUGGCGUGGAUUAUGGUCUACUUCUCCAUCUGGAAAGGAGUGGAAUGGACUGGGAAGGUGGUAUACUUCUCUGCUACAUACCCGUACUUCAUGCUUGUGAUACUAUUCUUCCGAGGUAUAACUCUACCAGGAGCAAUGGAUGGAAUCCGCUUCUACAUCACUCCAGAUUUCAGCAAGCUGGCUAAUUCUGAGGUUUGGAUGGAUGCUGCAACCCAGAUCUUCUUCUCAUAUGGAUUGGGUCUUGGAUCCCUGAUUGCCCUUGGAAGUUACAAUACUUUUGACAAUAAUGUCUACAGGGAUUCCAUCAUUGUGUGUGGGAUAAACUCCUCCACAAGUAUGUUUGCCGGAUUAGUCAUUUUCUCCAUUGUUGGAUUUAUGUCACACAUAACCAAGAAACCAAUCCAGGAGCUGGCAGCAUCAGGACCAGGACUGGCAUUCUUGGCAUAUCCACAGGCUGUUACCCAACUGCCCAUGUCCCCAGUAUGGUCCAUCCUCUUCUUUUCUAUGUUGGUAAUGUUGGGUCUGGAUAGCCAGUUCUGCACAGUGGAGGGGUUUGUAACUGCGCUGGUGGAUGAGUAUCCUCAACUUCUGCGCAGCAGGAAGAAAGUCUUCAUUGCUGUGGUCUGUUUCAUCUCUUUCAUCAUUGGAUUUUCCAACAUUUCACAGGGUGGACUUUAUGUUUUCAAGCUGUUUGACUACUACUCUGCCAGUGGGAUGUGCCUGUUGUUCCUGGUUUUCUUUGAGACUGUGUCUAUAUCGUGGUGCUAUGGUGUCGACAGGUUCUAUCAGGACAUAGAGGAGAUGAUUGGAUACCAGCCUUGCUCUUGGUGGAAGCUAUGUUGGGUUUAUUUUACUCCUUUCGUCUGUUUGGGCGUCUUCUGUUUCAGUGUGUUUGAGAUGACUCCUCUCACCCUUGGGCGUUAUGUGUAUCCAGCUUGGGGACAGGGCAUAGGGUGGCUUAUGGCUCUCUCCUCCAUGGUUCUUAUACCAGGUUAUAUGCUGUAUCUACUUCUCACAACUAAAGGCACCCUGAGACAGCGAUUCCGUGAGAUGACCCAGCCUAAGAUGGAGCAAAUAAUGCAAAAGAUGCGCCCCAGGCUCAACCUGGAUGGUGAGACCUCGGGCCUCUAAACUCCUCCUCCUUCCUUUUUGACAUCACUUCCUGUUCUCCUAGCGCAAUGCAAAUCCGUUUCUUUAGCUGCCUGAAACAAAACACCCAAGGCACAAUAGAUGCCUUCCAACCCAACAUUUUGUGAUCAUACUCUUGGCCAUUGGAUGAAGGGGUUCUAGUACUGAAAGAAGUGGGGUGCUGGUGUAACAGAAUCUGAAUAUGGAAAAUUUACUUAAAUUAUACAUAUUUUAUGCUACCAAUACAUUGUUUUUCAUCGGUGAUUUUCAGGUGUCUCGUCAAAGAAAAAUAAUUAAAAUAUUUUAAACAUU